AUGCAGGUUCUCUAUUGCUCUGUUAGCUCACUGGGACCUGUUGCUCUGUUAACCCCCUCCCCCAGCACAACAAACCCCUCCCCCAGCACAACAACCCCCCUCCCCCAGCACAACAACCCCCCUCCCCCAGCACAACAACCCCCUCCCCCAGCACAACAACCCCCUCCCCCUGCACAACAACCCCCUCCCCCAGCACAACAACCCCCUCCCCCUGCACAACAACCCCCUCCCCCAGCACAACAACCUCCUCCCCCUGCACAACAACCCCCUCCCCCUGCACAACAACCCCCUCCCCUCCCCCAGCACAACAACCCCCUCCCCUCCCCAGCACAACAACCCCCUCCCCCAGCACAACAAACCCCUCCCCCAGCACAACAACCCCCUCCCCCUGCACAACAACCCCCUCCCCCAGCACAACAGCCCCCUCCCCUCCCCCAGCACAACAACCCCCUCCCCUCCCCCAGCACAACAACCCCCUCCCCCUGCACAACAACCCCCCUCCCCUCACACAGCAUAACAACCCCCUCCCCCAGCACAACAAACCCCUCCCCCAGCACAACAAACCCCUCCCCCAGCACAACAACCCCCUCCCCUCCCCCAGCACAACAACCCCCUCCCCCAGCACAACAACCCCCUCCCCCAGCACAACAACCCCCUCCCCCAGCACAACAACCCCCUCCCCCUGCACAACAACCCCCUCCCCCUGCACAACAACCCCCUCCCCCAGCACAACAACCCCCUCCCCCAGCACAACAACCCCCUCCCCCUGCACAACAACCCCCUCCCCCAGCACAACAACCCCCUCCCCUCCCCCAGCACAACAACCCCCUCCCCCAGCACAACAACCCCCUCCCCUCCCCCUGCACAACAACCCCCUCCCCCAGCACAACAACCCCCUCCCCAGCACAACAACCCCCCCCCUCCCCCAGCACAACAACCCCCUCCCCCAGCACAACAACCCCCCCCCCCUCCCCCGCACAACAACCCCCUCCCUCAGCACAACAACCCCCUCCCUCAGCACAACAACCCCCUCCCCUCACACAGCAUAACAACCCCCCUCCCCCAGCACAACAACCCCCUCCCCCAGCACAACAACCCCCCUCCCCCUGCACAACAACCCCCUCCCCCAGCACAACAACCCCCUCCCCUCCCCCAGCACAACAACCCCCUCCCCCAGCACAACAACCCCCUCCCCCAGCACAACAACCCCCCUCCCCCAGCACAACAAACCCCUCCCCCUGCACAACAACCCCCUCCCCCAGCACAACAAACCCCUCCCCCAGCACAACAACCCCCCUCCCCCAGCACAACAAACCCCUCCCCCUGCACAACAACCCCCUCCCCCUGCACAACAACCCCCUCCCCCAGCACAACAAACCCCUCCCCCUGCACAACAACCCCCUCCCCCAGCACAACAACCCCCUCCCCCUGCACAACAACCCCCUCCCCCAGCACAACAACCCCCUCCCCCUGCACAACAACCCCCUCCCCCAGCACAACAAUCCCCUCCCCCAGCAAAACAAAAUUCAGACAGAAGAGUAG